GUUGAAGCCGGCCGGCCAACUUGUAUUCUAAAAUCGUCCUUCAGCAAGAGCCGGCUUGUUUUUGGAAGACAAUAUAAAAAGGUUACCCUUUUGAGAAGAAAUCAUUCGAUUCAUACCUUUCGUAUGAUACACAUUAACAUGAAGGUAUUCGCGUGUAUCACUAUUGCCCUUUGCGUGGCUCUCGCCGCAGCCGAGAACGAACCCAAAGUAACUGGCAAAUACAAGAGGUACGCCCCCUUCUUGCCAAAUGGUAUCGAAUCGAAACUCUCCUACACCUCCGUCCCACACAGUCUUGAAUACUCCAACCUCCAACGCAUCUACAGUGGAUACUCACCAAACCUUGCUUACUCCAACAUCUAUGGUUAUGGAAGCCCAUCUGUCUACUCCAACUACGGUUCUGGAAUCGCAGGUUGGUCCGGAAUCAACGGAUUAGCCCAAUCUUCUCUUGUUGGUGGCAGCUACGGAAUUCCAUCUGCUUACUCCAACAUCGCCUCUGCUGGUCUUGGAGCUGCAUACGGAGCUUCCUAUGGAGCCUCUUUGGGAACCACAUACGGCACCCCACAAGUAUUCCACGGACCAAUCAAAGAAGGUGGUUCCACCCAAAACGUUCAGGUCAGAACCAUCACCCAACAAGUACCUGUACCAGUAGCACAACCCUACCCAGUCGAAGUAACCAAAACUGUACCAAUCCCUAAACCCUACCCCGUUGAGGUGCCAAGACCUGUACCAGUACCAGUUAAAGUUGAAGUACCAGUCGAUGUACCAAGGGCAUACCCAGUCAAAGUUCCCCAACCUGUCCCAGUUGAAGUACGUGUCAAUGUACCAGUAGAAAUCCCAAGACCCUACCCAGUUACCGUUACCAAAACUGUACCUGUACCAGUUGAGAAACCAGUCUACGUUAAGUACCCAGUACAAUACCAAGUGCCAGUACCUGCCCCAUACCCAGUUGAAGUACCACAUGCCGUACCUAUCAACGUACCACACCCAGUCGUUGUUAAGGAACCUCAAUACCACGUUACCAAGUCUACUGCCUACGUGCAACCAGCUAUCAAAACCUUCACUUCAGUCCAACCAGCUACCUAUACUGCUCUUCACCCAACCACCUACACCACUGGCUUGAACAACCUUGGUUUGUACAGCUCUGGCUUGAACAACCUUGGUGUCUACAACUCUGGCUUGAACAACCUUGGUGUCUACAGUGCUGGAUUGACCGCACACUCUGUACACCCAACCUCUUACACUACCGGAGGCGUAUACGCUGGCCCAUACUCUCACGCUGUCUUGGACGCCCAAGCCUACAACUACCCAAGCAGCUACAUCCAGGGAAAAUACAUCAACGCUCAACCCUUGAACUACUUGCGUAGCAGCUAUGAUAACAAAUACGGUCUUCUCAAGUCUUACGUCCCAAGCGUUGUUGGUGGAUACAGCGGAUUGAAAACCUAUGCCCCAAGUGUAUAUGGUUCAUACUCUACCUUGAAAUCCUACGCUCCAACCGUCUAUGGUUCAUACGGUGGAUUGAAAGCAUACAGCCCAAGCGUAUACGGUGCCUACAGCUCUGGCUUGAAAUCCUACACCCCAGGAUCUUAUGUUAGCUACAAUGGAUUGAAAUCUUACACUUCUGAAUACUUGAAGAAGAAGUAAGGUGCUUGUUAUGGAUUGAGCAUGUGAUAAAUUUUGUAAAAUAAAGUACUGUGAAUUUUAAA